AUGAAAUUCAACAGUGACAAGAACCACCGAAAGCUUGGCAAUAAACGUGCGCAGGCGGUCUGGAAAGGACAGCUGUUUCUCGAUUCCGGUCGGAAAGCCAAAGAACAAGGAUGGAGGCGAGAGACCUGCACGGGAACAAAUCGACAAGAAUACAGAGAGACAUUGAAUCCGGUGUCUCCUUCGGAAAUGCCACCUCUCGGCAAGCGGGAAGUGACGCCAGACGACCUGGAGCUCUUAAAAGACACAAAAGGCACCUUGCAACAUACGUCGUACAUGAAUUGUGAAGCUUCCCCACAGUUCUUGGCCUUUUACGACGUCAGACCUCCUGGCUUAUGGAGGACAUCCUAG